AUGUCGAACAACCCCCUUACACUUGGAGAAGUCGUCACCAACACCAACCCUGCACACUUCCCCGGACCCGAGCCCUUGACUGGCCAACAUGUGACACUGGAGCGCCUCACGCAGAGCCAUUUCCCGGGCCUUUAUGAGAACAUAGGGUCUCAUGCCGACCUCUGGGCAUGCUGGCCUGACGAGCCAGCCAGCACGGCUUCCGAAUUCGAUGACUACCUGAACAAGAUCCUCAAAAUGAGCGACCUUGCGAUUUACGCCGUCUUGCUUCUUUCCGGACCGAACAAAGGCAAAGCAGUCGGCCUUGCCUUUGCUUUUUCCGAAGAUCGUCUCUCCAAUCGAGUUGCCGAGCUCGGACUCUUCUAUGGUCCUCAGUUACAGAAGAGCAAGGCGGGGACAGAAGUGGUCUAUCUUCUCAGUGGUCUCCUUUUCGAGUUGAAUCAUCGAAGAUUACAAUGGAAGACCAAUUCCUUAAAUCUCCAGUCUAGGAAGGCUGCAGAGAGGUAUGGGUUUGUCUACGAAGGGACAUUUAGACAACAUCAGAUCAAUAAAGGGAGGAACAGAGACUCUUCUUGGUAUUCCAUCAUAGAUUCUGAAUGGCCAUUGUGCAAGAAAGCGUUUGAAAAGUGGUUGGAAGAUGGAAAUUUUGAUGAGCAGCAACGGCAGAGACGUAGUUUAGAGGAGAUAAGAGAGAGUCUAAAGUAG